AGAGGUGGGCAGCCAACAGGGGAAUGAACUUCAUGGCGAGGGCAGCGGCACCGGCCAGCGGGGGGCAUUUACCAACAGAUAAUGAUAACAGCCGUUAUUGGCUUUGUGUGUAAAGGCAGCACGUAGUACCACGGGCUACCGCUCUACAAAUCAGGUUGUAGACGGCGGGUAUCCGAGCAGCGAGACGCCGUGAACAUCACGCUGGGCCGGACCGGACCGGCCAGAGCGGCUGCGCCUGGGAAAUCUGCUCCGGGGGCGAUUUUUAAGGCAAGAGAAGAGGGGGUGGGCUGUGCAGUGUGCAGUAAACCUUACUCCAGUGGGACCUUUCACGAGGCCAAAGUCCCUUGGGUGGGACUCCAAGGGCUUGGAGCGUCCCGAGAUGCUGAGAGAGAGAGGAGAGAAACCAAGACCUGAGGCUCUGAGACCGCAGCAGUUUCACUGAAGAGGGACUUUAGGGGGGGAAGGUUCUCUUUAACGUGAUUACUUACAAGUAGUAUUUCGUCAUGGAUGAGCUAUCACCUGAAGAAAUUCAGCUGAGGGCCAACCAGGUCACUGAUGAGUCUUUGGAAAGCACAAGGAGGAUUCUUGGCUUGGCCAUUGAGUCCCAGGAUGUUGGCAUCAAAACUAUUACCAUGCUGGAUGAACAAGGAGAACAAUUAAAUCGUAUAGAAGAGGGCAUGGACCAGAUAAAUAAGGACAUGAGAGAAGCUGAGAAGACACUGACAGAGCUAAACAAAUGUUGUGGGCUCUGUGUCUGUCCAUGUAACAGGACAAAGAACUUUGAGGCAAGCAAAGCAUACAGAGCAACCUGGGGAGAUGGAACAGAGAACUCAGCAGAUCAUGUGAUAUCCAUGCAACCAAGAAGUAUAAAUCGGCAGCAGCCUCAGACUUCUGGAGGACCAAGUGGUGGAUAUAUUACAAGGAUAACCAAUGAUGCCAGAGAAGAUGAAAUGGAUGAAAAUCUUACUCAAGUUGGAAACAUUCUUGGGAAUUUGAAAAACAUGGCUUUGGAUAUGGGCAAUGAGAUUGAUGCCCAGAAUAAGCAAAUAGACCGGAUAAAUGUAAAGGCCGAUACAAACAGGGAACGGAUUGAGCAUGCGAACAUCAGAGCCAAGAAACUAAUUGAAAAUUAAAGCCUGCUGUCAUUGUUCAAUGACAGCCUCUCCAGCUGCAAGCCACCAUAUUCAUGGAUCUGUGAAACUUCUAUUCUGAAAUAAGAGGGGCUGGGAAAAAUGAAGCAGUACCCCUUCUGUAGGGAUUAGUUUUCUUUUAUUGCUUCAUGUAAACAUGGCCUUGACUCCAAGAAAGCAGCCAACUUCCUUCUAUUCAUCUGCCUUCACUUUCUUUAAACUGCUCAGGGCUAAAAGUGUUAGGGCUUUGAGAGUCUUCUUGCAUGUUUUAUUCCCCUUCCCAAUUUCUUUUUAUAUAUAUAUAUUUUUUUUUUUCUGCACCGAAAAUUCAGUCCUUUAUUUAAGUUGAACAAGCAGGGUAAACUGAAUUCACAGUUGUGGAAAGUUGGAGAGGGCACUUUGCACUGUUUGAAAUACCUCAUAAGUUGAGUGUCUUCACUAAAAUAGGGACUAGGUGAAUAUUGUCUGAUUUGUAUCUCUAGCAUCUAACCGUAGUUUUACAAUCCAAACCACACAAUUGGUUUGGAGUUGACCUUGUGAAUCACAGAAUUGAAGAGGCCCAUUACUUACAGCUUGUGGGUUGAGGGCUUUAAAACACUUCCUAACUACACAAACUUUAAGGUAAUGGUAACCAGAGGGAUAUAAGUUUCCAUUUCUUUACUGUAAAUUGACAUCAGUUUGGAGGCCAUGACUAAUCAUGCUGCAUUGUUCUGAUAAUAUUUGUUGUGUGUGUGUAUAUCUGACCUAAACCCCAUGCACACAAGUAGAAGAUUAUAAAGCUAUCUCUGCAAGGUAUUUGAAAAUUUUACACCCCUCAUCUAAAAGCUUUUGUUUGAAUGAUGCAUCUGAACUGGAAGAAACUGAGUAGAAAAGCAUGCAGUUUGCUUGCUUCUCAUAUCUUAUUUUCUUGUGACCAGUUUUCACUGGAGUUGCAAUUGAGAUCUGGUGCAGAAUUCGCUCUCAGCAGUAGCUUUGGGAGUGCUUCUUAAAACUACCAAAACCAGAGAAGCUUAUUGUGAAACUUUUUUGUCACAAGUCUGAAGGAAGCAGUAGUUAUUUAGGAACUGUAAGCUAGUUCUAAAUAAACUAGUUCUAAAUAGAUUCCUGGCUGGUUUAUUAUUGCAGACCUUGGGACUGGCAAUUGGAAAUACUACAUAUCCAAGUUGCUUGCAAAUAAAAUGGUAUUACUCUGUUGCAGAAUAGAGGAGUUUGUGACCAGGUGAGGUAAAGCACUUUCCCAUGAAGAAAAAUAGUUCGUUUUUACAGCAAUAUAAAAAGAUUUUCUUGAAAUCUUGAUAGUAAUUAAAUUACAAGUGACUUAAAAUAUUGUAACUCCACCCAGCAAUAUAUUAUGCCUCUUUUAAAGUUGAAAAUUAUACUUUGGACUAACCUGUGAUACUCAGUGUUGGAUGGCAGAAAUCUUCAGACUUAAUUGAUAGGAGGAAUAAUUAAAACUGUUAGCAUUAUGGGGUGCUUUUUUGAAGGACAGUCCACAAAUACCCUGUAGCUACUAAUAUUGAACCCCAGAGUCUGAGAUGACACUAAUCCAUUGAAAUACAAGACAGUGUUUGUUCUGUUUUCUUUUUAGUAGAAAUAUAGUCAGUGUUACUAGUAUAUUUUCAAUUGGCUCCCAGGAUAACUUGAUAUUUAAAGAAAAAAAUAACCAAAACCAAGAACCACACGCACAAAAACCCAACCAAACAAAAAACCCCAAACAACUGACCAAAGGAUGGGGCAGCUGCAUGUAAAAAUAGGCCAGUGGCAGUUUGCCUGAUGUGGAUAAGGUAGAGUCAUUUUUAGGGGACUAGAUACUUGAGUAGUGUGGGUUGGCUCCUCUCUAGCUUCCGGUAAUUGUUGGAAUGCUAAUGAAUUUCAAAAGCUCACUAGCUACCCAAUCAGUGAAUGAAGAUUGUGCUUAAAAAUGCAAGUAGCAAAGAAGUACUUCAAGAACACAGUACAGUAAGCUUUCAACAGCCACCUGCAUGUGCCCUUUUUUCCUUGUUAAAAACUUCAGAUUAACUUAAGGAAUAUUUGCUGCUAGUUGUAAAAGCAAAGUAUGUGUUAUUUAUGAUUGUCUCCUGGAACAGAAGAGUGAAGUGGUUACCUUAUUCUGCUUACACAGUGCAAGCCUGCUCUGUAGCAUUUGGACAUUCUAAACAUUGGAAUGUCUUUCUCCCUUGCCAUUGCAAGUCCUUAUUCUUGACUUGCCUGCACUCUAAUGAUAAAUGAGCAUGUUGGCUCCUGAAAUGCUGUGAUUGGUAUAUCAAAAUUGUACUAUUGCAGUGAAUACUACACAAGGAAAUAAUUUCUGAGACUCUCUAUUAUUAUAAGAGUAUCAAUACAAUUUUCUGAUGCAGCAAGAGCCAAAUCUGUGAGGGAAUUGGUGCCUUUGUUAGUCAAAAACACUUUGCUUCUUGGAUGUCUUACUGUUGUCUAUAGAAUAGAUGCUUAAUUUCCAUAUCUGUGGUAUGAAAUCGAUACUUGUACAUCUUUGUAUGUCUGAAUGCUAUUACGAAUGAAGGUUUACAGUUUCUGCUUUUGAUUGUUAAGCUAUAUAUUGUGCACAAAAAUACAUACUUUUAUAACUGAA